GGUGCGAGGGCCAGGUCAGCGCCGGCCCGUCGACGCGAAGCGAGGCGACCCCCGCGCGGCCAUGGCCUCGCUGCUGGGAGCUUACCCGUGGCCCGAGGGGCUCGAGUGCCCGGCCCUGGAAGCCGAGCUGUCGGACGGGCUGUCGCCGCCGGCCGCCCCCCGCCCGCCAGGGGACAAGGGCUCGGAGAGCCGUAUCCGGCGGCCCAUGAACGCCUUCAUGGUGUGGGCCAAGGACGAGAGGAAACGUCUGGCGGUGCAGAACCCGGACCUGCACAACGCGGAGCUCAGCAAGAUGCUGGGAAAGUCGUGGAAGGCGCUGACACUGUCCCAGAAGAGGCCCUACGUGGACGAGGCGGAGCGGCUGCGCCUGCAGCACAUGCAGGACUAUCCCAACUACAAGUACCGGCCGCGCAGGAAGAAGCAGGCCAAGCGCCUGUGCAAGCGCGUGGACCCCGGCUUCCUGCUCAGCUCGCUCUCCCGCGACCAGAACGCCCUGCCCGAGAAGCGGGGCGGCGGCCGGGGGGCGCCGGGGGAGAAGGAGGACAGGGGUGAGUACUCCCCGGGCUCCACGCUGCCCGGCCUGCGGGGCUGCUUCCACGAGGGCCCGGCCGGCGGCGGCGGCGGCGGCGGCGGCGGCACCCCGGGCAGCGUGGACGCCUAUCCCUACGGGCUGCCCACCCCGCCGGAGAUGUCGCCCCUGGACGUGCUGGAGCCGGAGCAGAGCUUCUUCUCCUCCCCCUGCCAGGAGGAGCAUGCGCAUUCCCGCCGCAUCCCGCAUCUGCCCGGGCCCCCCUACUCUCCGGAGUACGCCCCCAGCCCUCUCCACUGCGGCCACCCCCUGGGCUCCCUGGCCCUCGGCCAGUCCUCGGGCGUCUCUAUGAUGUCCACCGUGCCCGGCUGCCCCCCGUCUCCUGCCUAUUACUCCCCAGCCGCCUACCCUCCUCUCCACUCCAACCUCCACGCCCACCUGGGCCAGCUCUCCCCGCCUCCCGAGCACCCCGGCUUCGACGCCCUGGAUCAGCUGAGCCAGGUGGAACUCCUGGGGGACAUGGAUCGCAAUGAGUUCGACCAGUACUUGAACACUCCUGGCCACCCAGACUCUGCCGCCGGGGCCGGGGCCCUCAGCGGGCAGGGCCCGGUCUCGCAGGUGACACCGACGGGCCCCACGGAGACCAGCCUCAUCUCCGUGCUGGCUGAUGCCACGGCCACGUAUUACAACAGCUACAGCGUGUCAUAGAGCCCGGGGCAGCCCGGCCGGCCCGGCCCGGUCGCAGCCUCUCCUUCCCGCGCGGAGCGGAGCUGCUAAGCAGCGCCCCGGGGUGGGCAGGUCUGCGCGGCCGCCGACCGGCUCUGCGGAUCCGGGGCCCCUCCGCCCGCCCCCUUCCCCGCCCGCCCCGCCCCGCCCCCUGCAGCCUGCGUUUCGAGUAUAUUCCUUCAAAUGAGUUUUCAUUGGCCACGCCCUGGGAAUCAGGCCCGGUCGUGGCUGAAAGACACUGUUUCCCGGGAGAAUUUUCACUGACCUCUCCUCCCAGUCCUCAUCCCGGAAACAAAUUCGGGAAAAGCCCGGGAGCAUUCGCGUCUCUCCUGCUUCUGACACAGCCGCAGGGGUACAGCCGUCCUGACCUUUGGUCGUCCAGGUGAGGAGAGCCCUGGGCUAAGAUUCAGGGGACCCGGGAUCCAAUCCCAGUUCUGCCUCAGGGGGCUGGUGAAACCCGACUCCCCUCCCCUCCCCUUCCAGCCCAUCCCCCCCCCCAUCUGUAGCGUGAGGGACAGACUCCGCAUCUAAGGUCCCCUCUGCUCCAGGGUUUUCUGAUUUAGGAUUCUCUCGAGGCUAACACGGGAAGAUGAAGUUGGCCUCAGUGAGCUCAUUCACCUGCAACCUGGUGACGAUUCCAUGCACAGCCCAAGGACACCAGGCUGCUGCACUUGGUCACAAUCUUCCAAUAUGAUCGUAGUCUUCCAAAAGGACGCUUUGAGAAAGAACACUCACCUUGAUUGGGGAAAUUAACCCCUGGGGUUAACUGCAUCACUGAAGAUGAGAUUGAAUCCAAGAUUUCAAACAAACAAACAAACAUAUUUUUUUUAGACAAGUUCUUUUUUUAUUACACACACUUUUCAAGAGAAUAUACACAGCCUGAGUAUAUACAGUGUGUGUGAGACACACACAACACACACAUCUCCAUGCACAGCCUGAACCAGAUACUCUUUGCCGUCCUUGGCAACUUCUCGUCAACCCUCUGUUCCUAACAACCCAAAGAGCAGGGAACUGGAAAAGAAUUUCAGCACAGUAGCAUCACUUUCUUCCAAGCUGAAUGUGUUGAUUUCUUGAGCAAAAUUUCAUCACGCUCUCCCUUCUGCAGAUGCAAAAGGAUCUUCCUUCCUGCUGUCUCCUUCUCCCUUUCCUGGAAUUUCUUUUUUCUCUUCUGCUCGUUCUCCACCCCUGAAUUGGCCACUAAUUCAAAGAUCCCUUGACUGAAAAUUGCAGGCAUGAUUCCUAUGGCAGAAAUGGGAAUUUGUUCUCCUCACCAGCCAGCUGGUGCUUUGGGUAACAUCUUCAGCCCACACAUCAAAGCAACUUCCCUUUAUUAUACUUACUUCCCAAAGAACAGAAAUGCACUGUGAUUCAGAAACUAUUUCUGAGCCCUGACCCCAUCCCCAGAACAUCUCCAUCCUUCCCCCAAGCCUCCUUUGAAGGAACAUACCUAUCAGUGUGCUAAAGGACAGUUGUUUGUCUUUUGAUUUCAGCAUAUUAUUGCCUGUAUGAAAUAUGUAAGUGUUUUAUAUAUUCUCCUAUUAGUUUCACCUUAUAUUUCAUAUUGUUGAAAGAUCCUUUUUUUUUUCCUUCCAAGGAGUCCUCUUGUAAAAUCUCUUAUGUGAUUAAUCUUUAUGCUAUUACUGUAUACGACAUUUGGUAAUAAAUAGUAAAUCAUGGACAAUAUGAUUGGUGCAGUCCAGAAUGUAUGUUAAUAAUCUUAUAAAACAUUAUCACAGACAUUAAGCUAAACUGUUCCAUUUUCUGUAAGAACUACACAUGCUUUGGAAUGGUUGUAGAUAUUGAUUUGUCUAAAAUAUUUAAUUUAAAUAAACGUUUUUGU